AGGCUAACAAUAAUAGCAUAGCACACUUGGGGACUUAUUCAUGUGCGGAAACGCAACUACUCCAUCAUAUCACAUCAGCUUCCAGUGAGCCCGCCAUCAAACCAGCUCACGUCAAAGUCGGGCAGGGGGCGUCCGUCCAGGUUCUGAUAAUAAGGAAGGAACGUGGACGCCGGACGGACGCGCUCCGGACGCCGGACACAAACUAAAGUCUUCUUCUAUGCAGACAAAAAUGAAAUGAGGAAAAAAAACCUAAUUUGUGUUCACGCCAGCCCGGACAAAAUUUAUUUUUAUACAAAAAAAACAGCCUGGAAAAUACAGUACCAUUUUAUUCGACGGAUCAGAUCAAGCCAAAAUCGAGAUCUGUAUAUAAAAGGAGGACGGACUCGGCGAUGCGGAAGUGGAAGAAGAAGCUGGGCCACACCUUCUCCCGCUUCGUCUCCUCCAAACCCCCAUUCAACCUCGCCAAGCCCAAGCCCACCCCGCCGCCGCCACCACCUCCCCCACCACCGCCGCAUUCAUCUCACCCGAUCCCGCCCCCGCCGCAGCCGGCCAUGCCGCCGCACGGACGACGCCCCGCGCCGCCGUCCCCGGCGGGCCACGUCUUCCCGCAGGCGGCGUCCACGGUGCUGCCCGACCCGGUCCGCUUCUUCGCGCCGGGCCUGCUCUCCGCGCCGCUCCCCACCAACUGCUUCUUCCAGAACUUCACGCUCAAGAACGGGGACCAGCCCGAGUACAUCCACCCCUACUCCGUCCGCUCCGCCGGGGCCGGGCUCACCGUCUGCUACCCGGCGCGCAGCCACUCCCCGACCUUCGACAUCCAGACCUUCGCCGCCGACCUCACCGUCUCGUCCCCGUCCGACGCCGCCGCCGCCGGGCAGCCGCACCGCGUCGUCGCCUUCGACGACUUCUCCGUCACCCUCGACUUCUCCCCGUCGCUCCGCGCCUUCCUCGUCCGCGGCUGCCCCUUCGUCACCGUCGCCACCGCCGAGGCCGCCGGCCCCGUCGACGUCUCCGUCGCCUCCGUCCACGCCUUCCUCGAGGCCGCGCCCUGCGACGACGCGCGCACCAAGUGGCGCCUCCGCAUGAACAGCGGCCAGACCUUCCUCCUCUACGCCUCCGCGCCGAUCAGCCUGUCGCAGUCCAGCGUCACGCAGCUCGCGGCGCCGGGGUUCUCCGGCGUCAUCCGGAUCGCCUACCUGCCGGACCCGGCCAUGGAGGCGGUCCUCGACCAGUACAGCCGCUGCUACCCGACGGCCGGGGAGGCCGCGCUGAACAGGCCCUUCUGCAUCGACUACACAUGGCGCAAGCAGGGGUGGGGGGAUCUGCUCAUGCUCGCCAACCCGCUCCACCUCCGGCUGCUCUCCGACGACUGCUCCGUUCGGGUGCUCGACGACUUCAAGUACCGGAGCAUCGACGGGGACCUGGUCGGCGUCGUCGGCGACUCCUGGGUUCUGAAGACCGACCCCUUGUCCCCAACAUGGCAUUCCACCCGGGGCGUCAACGACGACGGGGUCGACGAGGUCGUGGCCGCGCUGCGCAAGGACGUUGACAGCCUUGCUUCCAGCCCCAUCACCACCACCUCCUCCUACUUCUACGGCAAGGCCAUUGCCAGGGCGGCGAGACUGGCGUUGAUCGCCGAGGAGGUCGGGUGCCCCGACGUCAUCCCCGCCGUGCAUCGGUUCUUGAAGGCCACCGUCACGCCGUGGCUGGACGGCAGCUUCCAGGGGAAUGGCUUCCUGUAUGAUCCCAAAUGGGGCGGCCUUGUCACCAAGCAGGGGCUGCAGGACUCCGGCGCAGACUUUGGCUUCGGGAUCUACAACGAUCACCAUUACCAUUUGGGCUACUUCCUGUAUGCCAUUGCUGUGCUUGCCAAGAUCGAUCCAUCCUGGGGAAGGAAGUUCAUGUCCCAGGCCUACUCCAUGGUUGCCGAUUUCAUGACAUUGUCCCGCAAGUGCGGUGCGAGCUACACCAGGCUGAGGACUUUCGAUCUCUGGAAGCUGCAUUCCUGGGCUGGAGGACUGACGGAGUUCGGUGAUGGGCGCAACCAGGAGAGCACGAGCGAGGCUGUUAACGCUUACUACUCUGCUGCGCUCCUUGGACUGAGCUAUGGUGACACACACCUCGUCUCUGUUGGCGCGACGCUUACAGCGUUUGAGAUGCUGGCGGCGCAGACAUGGUGGCAUGUCCGGGAAGGAGAAGGGAUCUACGAGGAUGACUUCAGCAGCAACAACCGCGUCGUCGGCGUCCUGUGGGCGAACAAGAGGGACAGUGGGCUCUGGUUCGCGCCACCGGAGUGGAAGGAAUGCAGGCUGGGGAUCCAGCUUCUGCCGCUCCUGCCGAUCACCGAGGCCCUCUUCCCGGACGUUGGGUUCGUCAAGGACCUGGUGAGCUGGACCACGCCGGCCUUGGCGAGGGACGGUGUCGGAGAAGGGUGGAAGGGCUUCGUGUACGCGCUGGAGGGGGUCUACGACAAGGAGUCGGCAUUGGCCAAGACCAGGGCACUGGCAUCACAUGACGACGGUAACACACUGACAAACCUUCUGUGGUGGCUCCAUAGCCGCGGCAAUGUCGACAACACAGUUGUCGGAUCCGGCAGGUGCUGCUGGUACCGCCAGUACGGCCAUUGAUGGCGCUGAGUACAAGUUUCUGGGGAGGUGGAAUGCUCUGCAGGUAUGUCAUGUGUACCUGCAAGUGAAAAUGCCCGGGUCUCAGAUUGUGAGUGUUGCUGGUUCGGUGUAAGAUACAGAGUGGUUGUUCAUUGUACUUUAAACAUCAGUACAUCACGAAUUCACAAUGUUAUAGUGCUCUUCUUAUUUGAAUAAAUCAAGUUGGUGUCACAGUCAAUU